AUGCAAGCACUCAUCGACCUCUAUAAGAAGGGCAUUGAAGAGUAUAACAAAGGUCUCUCUGCCUACCAAGCAAACAAUUUCGAGCAGGCUGUCAAGAGUUUGGAGGAAGGUAAACAACUCUUUCAAAAAGUACUCAGCACUCCAAUACCUGAGAAAUUUGCUGAUAAAUUUAAAGUAGCCUCCGAUCACUUGCUGAAAACAUUCGAACUACUUUUGAGAUCGAAAUACAAACUACCAAAUGCCGAUUUUAUGGAAAUUCAGAAGGGUUUCAUCAAGUUAAUUCGGCAAAAUGUUUCGACGGGAACUUUCAACGAGGCUAAACUUUUAUUUCUUUUCCAGAGUUAUAUUAACUGCAAAACAAAAGCACACAAAUCUCCACAAGAACAACCAAUUUUUACAAUAGUAGAAGCCAUCAAAGAGGAGGCCUAUGAAGUUCAUCAAAUACCUUUUCUCAAAUUGGAAUUAAAAGCAAUAGAGGAUACUAAUUGUCAGGAUAUACUCUUCAAGGAAAAUAUUCUAGUAUUACAACGACUGGGAGAAUAUUUAGAGAAAGUAUCACCCAAUUCAUCAGAUAUUAUUCUCUACAAGGUCAAGAGAAUUCUUCUCUUUUUACACUCAUACUCUGGAACUCAACCUGUUUCCGAUUCUCAAGUUUUGAAAGAAUUGGAAGAGGUGAGUUCAAUGCUAGGUACCACCAUAGUCAAUGGUAACGAUACUCUCACCCAAACUAUCAUUCCUUUCAUUACCAAUAUCAUUACAACAUUUGUUUCAUGUAUGAGAUAUUUGGAGAGGAAUCCUUCGAAUAUCGAAGACUUGCUCUCAGUGAAUAAUAGUAAUGAAACUCUCAAUAUGAAAAAUAAGGAAAUAUUUAGCAAGGUGCUGAAAACUGUUUUCAAUGGUCAUUUACAAUCAAUAGAAUCACUUACAAGAAAUUUGAGAUUUAAUCUGGAUGUUACUGAUUUGUUUGCACAUCUUAACAAGAGGGAUAUUAUUUACAUUUUCUAUCUGAUUGGAACUGUAAUUAGAUUCUGUAUGGUUUAUGGAAUGGAUGAUGUCAUUCUCAAUUUUAGAAGGAUUUUCUCAAAGCCUAUUCCCUCUAAUGUGGAUGCCGACUAUUUGAAACAAUACCAAACAAUACUUUCCAUUCUCAAUGAUCAUGCUUUACAUAUGAACGAUAAACAGUUUAUCAAGAGAGAAAAAUUGGAUUCCUUCCAAGAAUUUGAAUAUCGGAGGAGAUUUUGUUGCAAGCCCGAGGAUGACAGCUUUAUGCAACUAUCUAAUGAAAUAACUGGUAAGAUUUUGGAAUUAUCAACUGAGGAUGCUGCCUCAAUAUCUAAAUAUAGCUACAUUAAUUGCAAGGCAGCAAUGAAGUAUGACGUCCAAGUGGCCUAUCAACAUCUCAUUAAGAGUAUGAAAAUGAGAGGUAUGUUGGAAAAGGAAAAGAGGUCUGAAGCUAAAGUCAUAGAGUCAAUAACAAAGAAGGCUACCAAGAGUGAUUUGAAAACUUCCUUCUCAUUGGCUCACCACUUUGAUCAUUCGUGUAUUUCUUUACUUCAUUAUCAGCAAAUGAUUAGAAUACAUGAAGUGAGAGGCAACUUUUCUUCAUGUGAGACUUGUAUUAGACAGGGUUUGAGAUUUUCAAUUCUCGUAAAAUGUUUGAGUUUUACUCUAUCAUAUUUAUACCAUCUUGCUAGACUGAAGUUGAAUAGACACGAUUUUGAAGAUGUAGAAUAUAUUGUACAGAUUGUAAAAGCACUUUUAAGUGAUAACACCAGUGCUACACAUAAUAUUAUUAACAAGUUUGCUCAUGAAUUCUUACUCUUGGAGAGUACGAUGCUCUUGAUGCAAAAUAAGGAUGAAGAGGCAGAGACACUCCUCAAUAGCAUUUCAAAUAAGAAUGAAAUGGGUAUCGAUUUACAAAAAGUGAUACUCCUACUUAAAAGGAAUGAUGAACAAGGAGCCAAACAAAUACUUGAGAGACUGUCGAAGGUGGUUGAUUUGAAUGCAAGCAAUGAAAAGACUGAGGAAGAUUCACUAUGGGUCAAGUAUUAUUGUAAUGCACUCAGUGGAAAUAACAAGUUAAACUAUGAGUUUAGAUCUAACUUUGGUUUGGCUUGGAAUGAUGUUCCAAUACCGUUGAAGAAGCGUAUUUUGGCUCACAUGAACACUACCUCCGAGACAACCUUUACAAAUAAUAGUGAAGAGAGGGACUAUGCAUUCCUAAGCUCCAUGUCUAUGGGUAUUAGAUUGAAGCAUACCUUACAAGAUUUAUUGGACUAUUUCAAUUCAAUGAAUAAUAAUGGAAUGCAAAGUAUUGGAAGUAUGGAUGACAUGACAGAUAAUAAGGGAGUGGAAAAAAUGAUGAGAAGAUUGUCAAUAACGAAUGAGUUGCAAUUUACAUUCAUGUUAGACUUGAAGGAUCUGACAACAAAAAAGAGUUUUAUGGAUAAUUUAAUUUCGAUUUUGCCUUCCAAUAUUAGUGUUUGUAACAUUUGCAUUACCGAUGAUUAUUCAAAUCUGGUAGUGACAGUUAUGAAUAAUCAUAGUGGAGGUGAUGAUGAUUGUAUUGUCAUGCCAAUUCCACUUGUUAGAAAUACAGAGUCAUUCUCCAAACUUAACAGGUUAUUCAGUGAGUCUGCCAUCAAACAAACUCAAUUACAGUAUCAAAAAUCUUCUGAUUCAGGAUCUCAGCUCACUUCCAGUAGUUUAAGCUCAUACUCGAAUUGGCGUUCCUAUCAGGCAUUGUUUGGAAAUGACAGUAACAUUCUCCAUAAGGUUUUACUCUCCUUUGACCACCUGCAAAUCCUAAGUAAGGAGUCUUUCACCAUUACUGACAAAUCCUCUUGGUGGAAAACUAGAAAGGAUCUCGAUGAAAAGCUUGCUACCUUGGUCAAAUAUAUUGAGGACCUACUCUUCGGACCAAUCAAGUUAUUACUUGUCCCUCGUUUAAUGAGUGAGUUUGAUGAAAUUUUGGAAGCUAAAACUGAAUUUCUGAUUGAAAAAUUGAAAGAUGUAGGAGGAAUGGUUGACUUUACAUUUGAUCCUAGAAUGGCUAAAUUAUUAUUGAAAUCCUUCUCUUCCUUCAAGGAAGAGUCAGAUGUGGAGGAAUGUAUCAAGUAUUUCAUUUUGGGCAAUGUUGAUUGUGAUGCUUCGAUUGUGUCUUCAAUUCAAAAUAUUUUCUAUACCACCUUCCUACAGGCCUUCUCAGAGAGUGACAAGAAAAAGGACAAUCUAUUAUUCAGACACUGUACCAGGAUUGAAAAGCAAAAGAUUAAGAGAAAACAUUUAGUAUUUUGUUUGGAUAAGCUGAUUCAACAACUUCCACUCGAGCCACGGAACUGGAGAAAGAUACUACAAUCCACACAAGAUAAGGAGACUAUUGAAAUGUUGUCCAAUACUAUUGAUGGGAUGUAG